AUGGGAAAUCUUUGCUGUGAAAAUGGUGGGUCAUGCAAAGUAACUGAAGCAAAAUCCACUCAUCAGUUAUCAAGGACAUUUGAGAUGAAAGGUCUGGAGGCUGCAAAGAAGAUUCUCGGCAUUGAUACAUAUAAAGACAGGAAGAGUAGCAGGCUUUGGUUAUCUCAUGAAGAAUACCUUAAAAAGAGGAUUUUCAUAUCUAUCCCAAAUCGAUCGAGCGCCCCUUCUCCCUCCUUUCCUCUUUUCCGUCUUUCAUCUUCCAUUGAGCGCCCACAUUCAAACGGCCCCAUCGAUCGCUUUUUCCGACACCAGAUCGGCAUUCUCCGGCACCAGUGCUCAGCUCCCAUGUCUGAUCUCAAGCCCAAGAUCGAGAUCUCGUUCGCGGGAACGUUCGCCAGCAAUGCUUUCGCCGCCUAUGUUGCAGAGAGUAUUGCAGUGGCCUUCAUGUUUCAGUCCCCUCCGCUUCUUUGGGCCAUGCUUCUUAAGUUCCCGUUCGGAAGUGCAUAUUCAGUUGAUAGGCGAAUUAAAUGUUUUGAGAGAGCAGCUGAAAGGUGUCACACGGAUUCACUAUCCAGUAUAGUUGCAUCAUGUUCUUGGGGUAAACAUGUCGCCGUUGGCACAGGAACACCUUUCCAAAUUAUGUGGAGCAAGAAAGAAGUUAGUUUUCUUCCCUUUACCAUUGUUGUUUGAUUGU